UAUUAAAAAAAGAAAAAGAAAGAGAAGAACGACUUUUACUUUGAAGUGUAGUGUAACAGUGUAGCGGUACAACUCGAUGGAGGGCGCUUCAUCUCCCUGGUUCAAACACCAAAUCAGCUUCAACACCGGGAGAGUGGAGCUCUGAGAUCUCAGCUACUGACCUGAGACUGAACCAGCGCAGCAUGGCGGCAGAGCUCUCCACCGCGAUUAACAUCAAAGAGCCUCGCUGGGACCAGGGGACGUUUGUGGGCAGAGCCAAACAUUUCUUUACCGUCACGGACCCCCGCAACGUUCUGCUGUCUAACGAGCAGCUGGAGAAAGCGCGCCGGAUCAUUCAGGAUUACAGACAGGGCGUGGUGACUCCAGGUCUGACAGAAGAUGAGCUCUGGAGGGCCAAAUACAUUUUUGACUCUGCGUUCCACCCAGACACGGGUGAGAAGAUGCUGCUGAUUGGCCGCAUGUCUGCUCAGGUGCCCAUGAAUAUGACUAUCACCGGUUGCAUGAUGACCUUCUACAGGACGACCCCUGCAGUGCUGUUCUGGCAGUGGAUCAAUCAGUCCUUCAAUGCAAUAGUCAACUACACCAACCGCAGUGGUGACGCUCCCAUUACAGUCAAUCAGCUCGGCACGGCGUACGUAUCGGCUACGACAGGAGCUGUGGUCACGGCUUUGGGGCUCAACUCGCUAGCAAAGCACGUGUCUCCACUUCUAGGACGCUUUGUGCCGUUCGCCGCUGUAGCAGCUGCCAACUGUAUCAACAUUCCACUGAUGAGGCAGAGAGAGCUAAAGCACGGCAUUCCGGUGAUGGAUGAGAACGGCAAUCGGUUAGGAGAGUCUUCGAAAGCGGCGCAGCAGGCAAUUUCACAAGUGGUGAUCUCCAGGAUCCUCAUGGCCUCUCCUGGAAUGGCAAUUCCACCUUUUUUAAUGAACUCCCUGGAGAAAAAAGCUUUCCUGAAGAGGUUCCCGUGGAUGAGUGCGCCCAUUCAGGUCGGCCUGGUGGGAUUCUGCUUGGUGUUUGCGACUCCGCUGUGCUGUGCUCUCUUCCCACAGAAGAGCUCGAUGGCCGUGAGCCGUCUGGAGCCUGAGCUGCAGGAGAAGAUCCGUUCGAGUCACGCGGGAGUGGAGAGGGUUUACUUCAACAAAGGAUUAUGAGAAGAGAAAAAAAAAAACUCAUCCCCUCUCAACAUGACCAUCCCACCUCCCCUUCCCCCACACCCCAUCAUCUCAUCGUGUCUUCACAACGUGCCAAAGUUCCUCCGUCUCUCCUCAAACACAUCCCGACUCAGCUGUUUUGUAAGAUGUCGUUCCUAGUGAUGAGUUUUUAAUCAGGAGAAUAUUCUGGAUGGUGCCGGUCUGUGCUAGUGUUAGGAAAAGACUAUUUGUCUGAAAUGGUGCUCUUUCUGAUUGGUUAGUUUUUUAGUAUUUGUUGAUUACAGUGCAGUCUUAGAUGUACAGAACCUCGGAUAUUUUACGUUUUUGUUUUUUUUUAGUCUAUACGUGGCAGCAGAUCGGAUUUGAAACCAAACAUCACUAUCAUGCCAGCUUGAAAUGCAGCUCCUAGGCAUCACAGACGUUUUCUACAUCAGUCCUGGGACCAAAACUGCUUCCAAUCAGUUGCGUGAUCAGUAAAAAAAAAAAAAAAAACGCAUUUUCUGCAUUCGGUACAUUCGAUGACUGCUCUGUAAUUAUGUUAACUGCCAAACCAAACCAUCUCCAAACCAUGUGCCAUCUGUAACAAGGAACAAAUGUGCUGGUGUGUUGAUGUAGUUGAUGUUCAUGUUUGAAUGAAAGCUGCUUUAGACUUAAUUUUUUUUUAAGAAAAAAAAAGAAGUAAAAGUUUACUUUAAAGGUA